AUGGGAUUUUGGCUAAAUUUCUUCAAAUCUGGAAGUAAGACUGUUACUAAUUCCGGAUCAGCUACCGGCAUCGCAGUUGAUAGUUCGAAAUAUGCCAAUUGGAAUAAAGAAAAAUUGAUCAAAAGGAUAAUAGAACUUGAAAGUGUAGAAUCAAAUGACGUUGGAAUAUCAAAGAAGAGGAAAAAUGAUGAAGAAACUGUAACUGGAAAAUCUUCAAAGAAAUCUAAGAAGAAGAAACCAAGAGAAUUUGAUUUCUCUCAACAUAAUACUAGAUUUAUUGCUCUUAAAUUUGCAUAUUUGGGUUGGAAUUAUAAUGGUCUUGCGCUUCAAAAGGAAGCUACAAAGCUACCAACUGUAGAAUCGAUCUUACUAGAUGCUAUGAAUAAAUGUAAAUUAGUUCCAUCUAUGGUUCCACAAGAUUUUAAAUUUAGUAGAUGUGGUAGAACAGAUAAAGGUGUUAGUGCUAUGAGUCAAGUGGUAUCUUUAAAUGUCAGAUCUAAUUUAACAGAUGAUGAACAAAUGGAUCCAAUAAAUGAUUCCAAAGAACUUGAUUAUGCUCAUAUUUUAAACCAACAAUUACCUAAUGAUAUUAGAGUAUCAGCAGUUGCAUUAAGAUUACCAGAAGAUUUUGAUGCUAGAUUUAGCUGUAAGAGUCGUCAUUAUAAAUAUUUAUUCAGUUCAAAAGGAUUAGAUCUUGAAAAGAUGCAAGAAGCAGCAAAAUUAUUCGAAGGUGAAAAUGAUUUUAGAAAUUUUUGUAAAUUAGAUGGUUCAAAACAAAUUACAAAUUAUCAUAGAAAUGUCAUUAGUUCGAAUAUAAUGAAGUAUAAUGAUAAAUUUUAUUGUUUUGAUUUAAUUGGAUCUGCAUUUUUAUGGCAUCAGGUACGGUGUAUGAUGGCCAAUCUUUUCUUAGUUGGUCAAGGAUUAGAAGAAAUUACAAUGAUAUCAAAUAUGUUAAAUAUUGAAAUCACUCCACAAAAACCAAUAUAUGAUAUGGCAAAUGAUCUCCCAUUAAUUUUAUUUGAUUGUGAUUUUGAUUGUAAAAUUGAAUGGUUAAAUACUAAUGUUAAUGAUUUUAAAUCUGUUAAAUAUGGUAAAGCUGUUGAUGCAUUAAAAUUAAACUAUGAUUUAAAGGCGUCAUUAACACAAUUAUUUGAAGAUUCUUUACCGUCACAAGAAUUUUCAAUGAGAGGUAAGACUAGAAUUAAUACUGGUGAUGGACUUGGAAGAAUUGUAUCUCGUUAUCAAAAGAUGGGUAAAAGAGAUGUUAUGGCAAGUGUUGAUGUUGUUAAUGCUAAAUUUAAGAGAAAACAAGAAAACAAGAAACUUGAUAAUUCUCAACAAAGUUAA